AGGAAACUGGAUCACAGCUCCACACACAGACAAGGAUCCCACAUUUACAAACCAAGAGCUCGGGCAAAAAACAACCACCAACGCCGCUAUUUACGCUGCAGAGAUGCAAAAGGACAAAUCUCACCAGUGGGGAGUUGCUGCAGAGGCCUACGACCAAGAGGACUGAAAACGGACGCUUUGGGGAACCUGGGAAAUCAGCCUGAAAGGGACAUGGCUAACCUUCUGAGAGGACUUAUAUUUUUUUUAAUGGCAGCACAGACUAGUCAGCUUGGAAAUGGAACAAAGACUGCUCCACCAAAAAGUAUGAGGGGUUCCUUAAAUAAAUCUAAUUACACAGUCCAGCUGCCUGACCCUUUCCAUGCAAACACUGACCCUCACCUGGAUGUGGACCCUGAGGGCCCAGUGACGGUUUAUACCACAGGGGUCCUCAGCACUUGGGUUAUACCUUUAUCAUACAUCCUAACCAUCCUGGUGGGCAUCCCCUCCAACACCUACAUUCUGGCUUUCCUCAGAGUCAGACUCACUUCAAAGACCAUCUCCACUGUCGUUCUUUACUUGAACCUGGCGUUGUCGGACCUGCUCCUGGUGCUGUCUCUUGCUCUACGCGUUCACUACCACCUAAACGCAAACGACUGGGUAUUUGGUGAAAUCUCUUGCAGACUUAUCACGGCUUUAUUUCAUGGAAAUGUUUACUGCUCUGCUCAGACUAUAGCCUGCAUCAGCUUGAAGCGCUACCUGGCUGUGGUCAAGCCAUUUCUUUACAGACGGCUGGCUAAAACCAGCCUGGCGGUGUGGAUGUGCCUGGUCGUGUGGUUUCUCUAUGGAGCCGCAAUUGUUCCUGAGCUCCUGGUCAGGCAGAGCUUCCAUAUCACAAAGCUAGACAUCACAACAUGCCAUGAUGUACUUCCACUAGAUGAACCCUCUCAUUCUCUGCUGGUGCCGUUCAGGCUGGUGCUAGUUUUUCUGGGCUUCCUGCUACCCUUCAUGGUUUGUAUUUACACCCACAUGGCCGUGGUUUAUCACCUGGAACAAAGUUCCUGUGACUGGAAACUGUUCAUCAGAGUGAGCACUCUGGUUUUUAUCAUCUUCGUGGUGUGUUUUCUCCCCAGUUGUAUCCUGCAUACAGCCCACUACAUUCGCCUGUUUCAUAGUGGCGAUGACACACUGUAUGGAUACUAUAGAUUAGCGGUUUGUCUCUGCUGUUUCCACAGUUGCCUGGAUCCUUUCCUUUGCAUGCUCCUUUCCACAGCAGCCGACUCUGAGCUACAAUUUAUCCCCUUUAACAGGAGACUUUGAAAUGCAUGCAGUAUGAGACUGAACAUUUAUGCACUAGACGAAAAAAAAAGAGACUAUAUCUUUGACUAUUGCAGCACAAAAGAGAAGAAAGGGGAGGCUUCUGGGUUUUAAAUACUUUGAUGAUGUUCGUGAGUUUAUCUGAUAGGCUUAUGAACACCUUGGAAACUCAAUGACAGGAAAUGUACUAAAAACAUUUACAACAAUAGAGAAAACCACAAAUUGGAUUAAAAUAGACAUAAUAAUAUCAAUAUUUUAUAUGUUUGAUAUGCCAAUCUUGUGUCAGACUACUAAGUGAUGCUACGUUAAUCAAAGACAAAUUUGAGCGAACAUUUCUGCCAAUACUUAACCCUCUGAAAUUAAGUUGUUGGGGAGGUUAAAGCUGAAUAGAAGGGCCAAACAUUGAAGUCACUGAGCUCCAUGAGGUGGGAGACAGAGUUAGGACUCAAGAGGGAAAGAAGAGAACAGAGAAAGUGUCCACAUCUUUGGCAUCUCCCAAAAAAUUGCUCAUGAGAUAUCUGUGUUUGUUGUCUCCUAAACAAUAAAAUGGCAAUUCCAGCCUUCAUAUAUGCACAAAUCUGCCCCAUUCAACAUGAAAUGAGAUAAUCAAUCCUGGUAGAUGUGAAAGCAUUAAACAAUGAAUCCCAGCAUAUGAAUGCCCUACGCUGUUCAAAAUUUACUGGUUAAACUCUUAAAAUUCACUUUCCUUUCCUUGGAGAUUCUUUAAGUAGAAUUUAAGCAUUUCCACCAAGGUUGUGAGACUGGUAAUCUAAUCGAUUACCAACUCUGUAAGACUGUGAUAUUUAGCACCAGUAGCUGAGUGUAAAUAGUGUGUUUAAGUAAACAGAAAACAUGACCUGCAGGGCAAUACACACUGGAGGAUGGCUGAUAUUCAUCCAGUAAGACAAAGUUUAGAAUACCUGCUGCAAAAAAUACUUUAAUGAUCCCACAUCGAUCUCUACAUCGAUUCCAGGAUUAUUUUCUCGGUUUAAUUUGACUCUGAUUCCUGCAGUGGAAAACUACCCCUUAACGCUACCAGGGGUUCUGACAAGGUUUGUGCAGUGGAGACACUAUUUUAACUGGAAUAGAGCUGGUAAAACAACAAUCCUGCAUUAAUCAGCAUUUUUGUCAAAGGUUUCACUUGGACUAAUAUUAUUUGGCCUGAACAAACAUGCACUUCUAUACUUUCAGGAUUCAUUCUUUUGUAAAAAUGUGUUUUCAAUAGUAGGUGAAUAAAAAAUGUGGAUGUAUACAACCUACUGCAUUAAUAAAACAAUUUCAAAAACAGAGAAAACUGUUUUA